CCGUACGCGGCAAUGUUCCGACGGCUGCGGUGAGUGUGCUCUUUUCAAACAUGGGGAGGUUAUCCGCUUGAGGCAGUACUAUGUGGGAUUUCGGCAACCGCGGCGUCGUGGUGUUGAUAAGUGUGACGUGCGGGUGUGUACUGGUAUACAACGCCUGGGGCGCGAUCCUGGCUCUAGCAUUCACGCUGCUCCUAGUAGUGUACGCGUGCUACUCCCUGCUCGCCAACGACAGUCUGAUAUCGCCGCACGCGUAUCACGUUUUCGGUUAUCUUCGUGAAGCGGUCCACGAGCUCGGCGCGGCGAUUCGUGUCGUCUACGGCUACGGUACCGGUUUCGUGCGUAAGCUUUGGCAUAGUGCGAAUCGUUGUUAUCGCGAGCAUUUCCCUCCAUUCAGAAUGGACAGACGACGCACGGGCAAUUAUCAGCUUAGCAGCGACUCCUAUGCCGCUGCCGCUAUCAAGCGUGGAGAAUCAUCGUCGUCGUCGUCCAGAUUCGGCCUGAUCGAUCAUUUGAGCCCGAUCCCGUGCGUUCCUUACCGUUCGCGCGUUAACGAUAUGCUCGGGACGGACAGUAGAUUGUAUCACGUCGGUGAUUACGAUUGCACGUCACAGCAGCAACCCGUCUACGGCAAGCACACCUCCACGCCGGUCUUGAGAUCUAUUAGUAGGGAAGAGAACUCCCGAAAUGGUGACGUUAACCAAAUGCGUGGAAUACCUACCAAGAAGAUGUCACCCAUGUACGCUCAGAAUCAUACCCUGAGCCGCGGGGAGAAUGUCACACAAUUCAGUCCUGAAGGCUCUCCAUGGGGAAUGAGCAUUAGUCCCAAGAUGCGCCCGAGACCAGCCGGUAUAAAAACAGUCCAGACAGUCGCUGGACCAUUAUUGGCAUCGACGAGAUAUAAUAUUGAUCCUAAGGUAUACACGGAUGUAUCGUCGCCAGGUCUUACAACAAGAUUAACCAAAUACGCCACGGAAGCAAAGACUAAGUUAAUUCAUCAAUCACAGUAUGGCACUGGGCAGUUUCCAAAAGUUAAUCUCUAUGCAAAUCCAAUUCCUAUGUUGAAUGCGAAGCUGACAAAGAUGAGAAUGCCAGUGACGGUCAGAGUUGCGCCACCAGAUAUAACAAAGUACUCUCCACCUGAAAAGCAAAAGAUUCUAGCUAGCAUUUGUCAUACGGAGAACAGAUCACCCACCAGCGUUGUUCAAGUUUUACGAGAGAUAUCGUUGAAACGACAUGCGUCAACGGAGGAUGUUAGCUUUGACGUUGCCAAGAAACAGAGAACAGAAUACUUUAAUGAGGAAAGGGAGACAAUUCUGGAAGAAAAUAAGCAGAAGCGAAGUAGAGAUGACUCUUCUAAAUCGGACGAGGAUCUUUCUCCCCAGAAUAAAGUUAGACCCGCGAAACGUACAAAAACACGAUCCUGUUAUGAUAUCAUAAACUCUUUAAGUUCCAGUGCCCAUGUUGCUGCUGGAGUUAAGAGGAAAGCAGUUGAUACAUCACACAGCGAUACACCCAACUUUGAGAAGCAUUUUAAGUCUCUAGAAAGUACACAGUCUAAUGAUUCUCCGACUGCUUCAUUAUCUCAGAACUUUGAUACAGACAUUGGUACAUCUGACUUGAAAGAAAUAUAUUCAAACAAGCCUGAUACUCUGAAAUCUAAGAAAGCAGAGGAACUCUCUUUGGGAAAAGGAAUAUUGAAAUCAUCUAAUAAAGAAGUCAAGCUUAGUCUGGAUAAACAUGUAACUUAUAAAAAUGUAAAAAGUACCAAUGAAACUGAUAAUACGAAAGCUGCAGUACCAACAAAACCCAUUAAACUGACGGAUAAAUUAUUUAUGAGAGCCGAACCCGAACGGAACGAACAGUUGAAAUCGCUCGUGGAGGAGCCGAGUGUUAUAAGAGUUAAAUUUGCGACGGACAAUGUAGAAGAAAUAAAGAAAGAGGAUAUACGAAAUAUGAGGCAAACCAGUAUGAAAGCCAGGCUGCAAAGUAUGUUUGAUGCAAUAUCAGGGAAAGCAGAGAACAAAAUUAAUCCGGAUGUCGUGAUUCAAGCGGACGACGUUAACACGGUCACGCCACCAGUAACACUUCCAGUCAGUUGUGCAACUCUCAAUUCUUCAACGACCACAACGAAUGUCAAUACCACGCCGCUGUCCACCGCGGCCAUCAUACCGAGUGGUUUCUCUUUGUCGAGACCCAGUGCGAAAGUCGAAACAAAAUCGGACGCAACUUUCAGUUGUUCACCGAAAACGUCGCCAGCGCAACCAAAUGUGCUAACAAAUAUUCUCGCGAAGGAAAAAACAAAUUUGAUCGCCAAGACGAUUGAAACCACGAAGCAAACAAACGUGUCAAUCGCGUCCACGAUUACAAGCACUGCGAAGUCCUCGGAAAAAGUUGUACCUUCGAUUCCAAGUACAGUAGCGCCGACAUUUAAUUUCGGCAAACCAGCCGCAGAGACAUUAGCUAUGACAUCAAACAGUACUUUACCGAAUUUUGGUGCCAGUACAUACAGUAGUAAUACUUUUACGCCAACUUCAUCGAAGUCUACUAAUUUCUUGAUAGUUGAUAAAGCGCCGUCGAGUUCGACAUUUGCGCCGAUUAAUCCUAGCACUAUAACUCGAGAAAAAAUCGAGAUUAAUAAUAUCGUUACAACAAGUGCGGUUAUUAGUUCGUCCACCACCGAGAAUACUCAAACUACUUCUAUCUUUACUUUCGGCAACAAACCCACCUCAUCUCCCGUGACCCAAGCUGCUAUACCAACUUUGCCACGUCAAUCUCCUGGGACAUUAUUGCCGAUCAGUACAACUACUGUGACUAGCAACACUAGUUUCAAUAGUGUUGUAAAUAGCAGCACAUCGAAUAGCACACCUUUAUUCACUUUGGGAGGCAGCAAUACCACUUCGCAAUCUCCAAAGUCUAAUAAUUUCAUAUUUGGCCAGUCAAGUAGUAACGUUCAAUCGAAAAUGAAUGCUUUUGGAAGCUCUGUGAAUACUCAAGUAACGCCAUUGUCACAAGUUACUAAAUCUUUUAAUUUUACGUCCAAUCCUUCGACGACGAUCGUCGCAAAUAGCUCGUUCACCGCGAACGCCACAACUGCCACGGUACCGACAUUCGGACUGUCGAGCGCAUCUACAUUCUCGCUGGGCACGACGUCCGCUACUUCCUCGAUGUCUACUUUACCCAUUAGCAAAUCUCUAUUUGUCUUUGGCGCUUCCAAUAGUCCGAGCACGACUUCUACAGCUAUAGCUUUACCAGCUAUAGCUUUACCAGCUACAGCUUUACCAGCUACAGCUUUACCAGCUACAGCUUUACCAGCUACAGCUUUACCAGCUACAGCUUUACCAGCUGCAACUGCUAACAACACGACCAGCUUAAGUACGAUAAGUAGCAACGCGAUUUCUACAUUUGGAGCCUCCACCGCUACCACCGUUUCACAAUUUGGCGCAUCUACGACAACAUUUCCGCAAUUUGGCACACCUACGACCAACGUUUCACAAUUUAGCACACCUACUACAUCCAUUUUUGCCACUGUGUCAAUUCCAACGACGAGCACGAUAUUUGGUACAGGUAGCAACAGUCAACCACUUUUCGGAACUGCAUCAGGAUCUGGAGCAACGUCGGAAACUGCUAGUAUAUUUAAUACAACUACAGCUCCUCCGCUCUUUGUUCCAACAACUAUUGUUGCGUCGUCGUCCAACAGCACGCCUAGCGCGCCCAGUUUGUUUUCCAACACUAACGCUAAUUCGACUCCGAUCACUACGACGCCUUCAGUGUUCAGUAGUGGCACCUCGAUUUUUGGCCAGACAAAGUCCCCGACAUCUUUUGGAACGACAAGCAGCAUGUUCGGCGGCACUACGGUGCCGAUGUUCGGCUCGACUACGCAAACCGGCACAACUGUGCCCGCGUUCGGUAUCACCAGCGGCAAUAUUUCUACCACUGCGAUCACUUCUGGCUUCGAUACUGCUAGCAACACGACACCCGCGCCUGCGUUUGGAACACCUGAUGUAGGCACGACAACGAGCGUACAGGCAUCACCGGCUUUCGGUGGCACAACGGGCGGGAUAUUUGGUUCGACCGACAAUAACGCACCGUCAGUUCCCAUAUUCGGAGGAGUGAAUGCUACUCCGGCUACUGAAGCCUUCGGCAUCCCUGCAGCAACGAGCACCUUCGGCACGCAAAGUCCUCCAAGUCUCCCGUUCGGUGCCUCGAGCGGCAGUACGACGUUCGGCGACAACAAAUCUCUGUUUGGAGCGACACCCACGACCAGCUCAAACUUCGGCACAUCUAAUCCGUCUGUUCCAGCCUUUGGGGCUAGUAACGCUAAUAACGCAAGCACAAAUAAUAUGUUCGUAUUCGGAAGCGCUCAGAAAGAUGGGCAACAGAACACGACGUUUUCCUUUGGCUCCAACUUCAACGCUGCAAGUAAUAAUUCUACAGGCGCACCAUCCGUCCCGUUUCAGUUUGGAGCUCCAACGGCUAAACCAGCAACAACGGCAUUCAAUUUUACUGCAUCACCGGCGUCUCCUACGCUGAACUUCGGAACCACGGCAGCGCCGACUUUCAAUCCCUCGACGCCCGGCAUGUUCAGUAUCGGAAGCGGAUCUACUGCACCGCGAUCUAGAACAAUUCGCACGCGAAAACCAAGAUGAUGGAGAAUGUAAAUGCCGCCAGACUGAGUGCAUAUUUUUAUUUAAAACAUAUAUUCGAAGUGUUUAUUCAGUUAUAUUCUUUUAUAUACGUAUAUGUAUUGUGUCGUGUGCAAAAAGACGUACUUUCGACAUACAUAUGUGUCGCAUUUGGAUAUAAUUUAACAUAUAAUUUGGUAUAAAAUAAAAAUGAGAGAUUGAAUACAUAUAUUACGGAGAGAUUCGUGGAAUACUAAACAAUCACGUUUUUUAAUAUACGUUUGGUGACGGUUGCUAGAUAUAUCUAUUUUGUACAUAGUAUAUAUCCUAUAAUAUUAUGUAGAAUGUUUUAUCUAAUUUGACUCACUUGCAAUAUCUUUGUUAUUUUUUUAUGGAAAAAUGUGUAAGGAAGAAGUUGCUUUGAUUCGAAAAGACAAAUAUAAAAUUAUUAUAGGUCUUCCUCAUUUGUAUAAAAAUUUUUUUGUUUACGUAAAAGUGUUAAAGCAAGAUUAAUAACAAAAAUUAUAAUGUAUUGGUAAAAUGUUUUUUGUUUUGUUCUGAUUUUCAUAUAAAAUAUUAAAUAUCGAAAUUUACAAGUUAUGUAAGAUAAAUGCAUUUUAAGUCCAUAUUAUUAAACAAUUGAUUCCUAUAACGUGCAUUUUUUGUAUUUGUCCAUGUGUGGAAUGAUUAAAGAAAUAUCAUAAAAGUGCAUAACAAUUGUAUUUUCAAAUAAGUUAUAUAAAAAUCUUUUAUCUAAUGUUUUUUAUAUAAAUAUUACAGUAGAAAACUAAUCGAUCUGUAUUUUCAAAGAUCAACUGUAAAAUGUUAGCCAAAGAAAGCAGUCAAUAAUCUUGGAAGCGAGAGAGAAAGGUUUUGAAAACAGUGAGAAAAAAAUUUUGUCCUUGAAAUAUUUGUCUUUUCGAGUUCGACUUCUCCGUUAUACAUAUAUUUCGAUAUCUCUGUCGAAAAUAACAAACUUAUUACAGACGGUUGAGGUAGAAUCUUGUGUACACGGCAGUGUGUUGUCUAUACUUGUUAAAUUAAUGUACUCACUGGGAAGAGAAAUGAUAUAAAUGUUGCAAACGCACUCAAAAAAGAAGUGUUUAAUUUUAAGAUAUUAAAAUAUUUCAUUUUUAUUCCCGUUUUUUAAAUACUUAAAAAUGUUUUAGUUUUAAACGGUGUUUAGAUUUAAAACACUAAAACGUUUAAAGCUGUUAAAGAUUUCAGCCUCAAAUAAUUUAGAGUAUUAAAUCUAAAUGUUUAAAAAUUUUUUAAAUAUUUAAAAACAGAAACAAAACACUUUAAUAGCUUCAAAUGUUAACAAUUUUUUUUUAGUGCGAAACUUAAAAUUCAAUGCAACUUCAAACGACUGUCUCCUGUCACCAAAUCAUGUUGUUGCACAAUAAAAUGCAACACAUGAUUCAGAAAGCCGAGAAAGUGCAAACUUAUCUCUACACUUGUAACUAGCAUGUGAUAAAACGAUGUGAUUUUAAACGAUAUGAUUAAAUCACAUCUUUCUUCACGAUUAUAUUUGUAUGUCGUCCGUUUGUGUCUCAAGACCUAUUGAUAACAAAGCAGAAACUGUACUAUUUGUUUAUCGGUAUAUGAAACCGAUGUUCGUGGAUUCUUACUCUAUAUUUUCGUUAUAAAUCCAUUAUUUUCACAUGCCAGAAGUAUAGGAAACAAGAUAUGAUAUAUACUUCUUAUUCUUUGGAAAAUUUCGCAUCAGAGGCAAGUUGUGCGAUUAUGGUGUCUCUGCGAGAUACAAGUUAUGAUCUAAGUCUCUAAGUAAUGAAAAUGCGUUUGUUAUAAACGAAUCUCCUUUCGUAUUCUCCUGGCGUUACUCGUGUAGAGUGCAAUUCUUAAAGAAAUUUUGCUCCUAUACAUUGUGAGGAAAAAAGUUAUUGACUAAAUUUUUCAUUAAAUUUCUUCAGUUUAAUCACGUUACAUAAUUAACUUAAAUACAUAAAAUACUUGAACUUUGAAUAUUAUUUACUAAAUUUCGUGGUAUACACUAAGUAAACAGUUCUUAACUUUGCUAAAUUUUUUAGAUUAAUAAAAUUUCUUCAGCUUAAGUAAUUUAUGUAUUUAAGUUAAACAUGUAAAUACUUGAGCUGAAGAAAUUUUAAUCAAGCUGAAAAAUUUUAACUUAACUUAUUUUUUUUUCGAUGUAACAAAAUUUAGCACGAUAGUAUGUUAAAUUUAAAAAAACACGUGUGUGUCACGUCUUGUACGACGAAAAAAGAAUUUUCUAGAAAAUUUGGAUUAUAUCCGUUAUUCGUGACUCAAACUGCCGACUCAAAUGACGGAUAUGGGUAUGUUGUUCAGGGAAGGUUCUCAUUUCCCGCUUAAACGUAUUUUCCGCAUUCGUGGGUUUCUCCAAUCAGCUCUAAUUGUAUCGUCAUCGCUUCUUUCCUAUUUACACGUGCAAACGUGCUGACUCACGAAUGACGAAAAUCCGUUACUCAUUGUCAGUGUAAAGAAGUAUAUUCGAUUAAACAGAAAACGGCGAUCAUUCUGGAUAAAUGAGAGAACGAUAUUUAUUAAUGCAUCGUAUUGCAAUGAUUUGACAUAAAUUUAUAUUUGGCUUGUCCCUUUUUCUACUCUGUAAAUAUAUAAAAUCUAUGUUUAAAAAAUAUCUUGUGAAUGGAAUGGUAUAGGCUGAUGUUACAUCUCUAAGGCUAAGAUAUGUGCAUAUUUUAUAUUCUACGACAUCGUAAAAUAUAAAAUAUGCACACAUAUUGGCUAGAGACGUAACAUCUCGUAUAUCAUAUUCAAUCAAUGAUAAAUUAGUCAACAUUGAGCAACAGUGUCACUCGCUACACACGUGUAAGAAUUGCUACAGAAUUAAAUACACUUUGUAUUCUUCUUCCUUCAUUCUUAUCCAGAAUGUUAUGUAUUAUAAAUCUCGCGUGUUGCCAAUUAAACGAUGCUGUUUGUCUAUCUUUUAAAAAUUGUACAUAGAGAGAGAGGGGGGGGGGAGGAUCUGAAUUCAUUUGAAUUAUUCUCAUUAACGCGUUAAUGAGAGUAUAUGAUACCUAAUAUUAAUAUAAUAAUUAAUAUAAUAAACCUAUUACUAUAAGUUCGGGAAGUUUAAACAAGUACUGUAAUAUAUUAUGGACAAUUAUAUGUCAAAUAUAAAAAAUAAGAGAGCCACAUUCUCUCUUUCAUAUCGCGCAGUGUACAUUAUAAUAAACGAGCGUUUAGAGUUUUCUUUAAA